ACCACCGCAACCUCGCAAAUGUUGAAGGGCUGGUCACCAUGGACGCAUCCGAUGACGAAGAUGAGCAAGUCAAGCUCGCUAUUGCAAUGUCUCUGCAAGAAAGCCCCAAUUCGACCGUCGCUACUGGCCCACAGCAGAAUCAGUACGCAUACAGUGAGGCCUUACCAAAAGAAAUCACUGAAAAGUCAGUUAUGACCGCCACAAGCAAUUCCAAACCCGAUCUUAAACAAAUGCACCUCGAACGACUCGCUCGAGAUGAGGCCAGGAAGGUCGAAACAAUGAGGGGAAAGAGACAGCGAUCUAUCUCCCCUCCUCCAAUAAAGCGCCACACGCCCGCGCCGUCAGAUCGAGAACUUAAGCGGCCGAAAACAAACUCAGUUCCUGAAGUCAUCGAUCUCGAUGCCGAUACAAGGGACCCAUCUCUGCGAAAACGCUCCUUGACAAUUCCCCCAACAACCCUUUCGAGCGUGUCUUCUGAAGCUCGCAAAUCGGCAUUAGAGUAUCCACUCGGUGUAACCAAGAGGACCUGGGCAUUCGGCCAUGAUAGGUCCAAUGAUAUCAAGAUUCAGGAAGUUCUGCAGAAGAACACUCUGACUUUCGCCGUUCUCAGCGCGUUCGACUGGGACAUCGAAUGGUUAUUGAGAAAGUUCGAAUUUCCCAGGACCAAGUUGAUCUUGGUCAUGCAGGCAAAAGGAAAAGCAGCACAAGACCAGCAUCGCAAAGAUGCUGAAGACCUUACCAAUCUAGAACUUUGUUUCCCAGACAUGUCAGGGCAAAUCAACUGCAUGCACAGCAAAUUAAUGCUGUUAUUUCACCCUACGCAUCUCCGUGUUGUGGUCCCGACCGCUAACCUGAACUCGUAUGAUUGGGGUGAGACGGGGAUCAUGGAGAAUUCUGUCUUUCUCGUCGACUUGCCCCGACGUUCUGGCAAAGAUGCCGACGCUGAGCUGACUCCCUUUGCUAAAGAACUUUUUCACUUUGUUCGGGCAAAAGGGCUGCCGGAGAAAGUUCUCAAAGGCCUCAAGAACUUCGACUAUUCCAGAACUAAUCAUCUGGCCUUCGUUCAUACAAUUGGAGGGUCUCACCAUGGCGAAGACCUCAAGAGAACCGGUAUACCCGGCCUUAGCAGAGCGGUCCGGAGUCUCAAUCUGGAAACCGACAAUCUAGAGGUCGACUUCACAGCGUCUUCCAUCGGGUCCUUGAACGACGCGUUUCUGAAGAAUGUUUACUUUGGUGCGAAAGGAGAGGCCCCGGCACAGAUCAUCGCCCGCGACGUACCGAAGGCAUUCCGCGACAAGUUUCGUAUCUAUUUUCCACUUCACGAAACAGUCCUGAAGACCAUAGGUGGGAUAGACAAUGCCGGUACGAACUGCCUGCAAGCUAGCUACUAUAGCAACAGUCGCUUCCCAAAGGAGUGCAUGCAUGAUUACAAGUCAAUCAGAACAGGAUUGCUAAGCCACAACAAGAUUCUGUUCGCUCGUGGCCAGCGCGUGUCAAGAGAUGGUCAUGCCACCAACGUGGCGUGGGCAUAUGUCGGCAGCGCCAACGUUUCAGAAAGCGCCUGGGGAAAGCUAUUGAUGGAUAAGUCCAAGAAGGCUGAGAAGUUGAACUGCCGGAACUGGGAAUGCGGCGUGCUCAUUGCGAUCCCACCAGCGAAGCUCAACACUUGCAAGACUCUCGAGGGCCUGGUCCCCAUGGACGUGUUUGCGGGACACGUCGAUGUACCCUUUGAGUAUCCUGGGGAGAAGUAUGGAGCAAAGAAGCCUUGGUUCUUCAUGGAGCGUCACUAACGUAGAACCUAUAAUUCUCACUUCUCUUCUUUUCUAUUUCUUAUGGCCAGUGCUACGUGUACGACCCCUUUUUGCUGCUUGUACGAUGUCCUUUUGCUGCACGUACGACACCCCCCCUAGCAGCCUCUUCACCGCGUUUUAAUUGGCUUGGAGGGCUCGGAUGUUCCUCCGGCCAUUCACUCUUACGUAUAUUUGCACGUGCAGCCUUUCCCUUUCAUCUACAGCCUUCCCAUUUUGUAUAGCUACGUGUAUAGCUACGUGUAUAGCUACGUGCCUACGUGCCUACGUGCCUAGGAGAAUGCCUAAACCGUCGAUUUCGCACCUAAUAGAGGCCCUCUCUCCAUCGCCCCUGGCCUACAAGCACCUACGUAAAGUCCUCAUUAACGAGAUCCUCCGCAUACUCAUCAAAG